AUGUAUUUAUCUAAUCUUGGUGGUCAAUCUAGAAAAACAGGUAUCAGACCCAAAACAAAUUUGAAAACUGAUAAAUAUGGUAUGGAAGAUGUGGAUGAAUUUUUCGAAGAUGAUGAAGAUGACAGGAUGAACAAACUGAAAGGGCAAAAACUGACAAUAUCAUUACCCCGAGCAGAAGAAGUGUCCAAAUACAAAUCAACCAUUAGUCAACCGUUUAAUAAUAUAGCUCGGAAAAUCAAUUUCAAUCAAGAGGAUGAUGAAACAUUUAAUUUACCAUCAACUUCAACUUCAUCAGCUACAGCAACUACAUCUUCAGUGUCAAAUAAGAAAUCACCUGUUACAACUCAACAGUCACCCUUGCGCUCACCAUUACCAGAACAAGACUAUGAUUAUAAUCAGUUUGAUGUGGAAGAAGAUUAUGGUGACAUAACUGAAGAAGACAGACAACCAUCUCCGCCCCCACCUCCAUCAGUACCAAAAUCAAAUACAGAAACAAAAUCCAAUACCAAAUCAUCUAAAGCAGCUUCAUCAUUUACCAAAAAAAUGGCAUUGGGUAAAACUAAAAAACUACCGUCAAGUUUUGAUUCAGCAAAUACAACUAGUGUCACCGAAUAUUUUGAUGAAGAAGAAGAUGAUGACGAUGACAGAGAUUAUGGUGAAUCACAACAGGACUCAAUUGAAGAUUCAAUGAUGGACUCGACAUUUAAUGAUUAUUCGCAACCAUCAAGUAAUAUUAAGAGCAAGACGCGAAGAAAAAUCAUUAAAGAAUCGCCAUUACCAUCACCUCCACCAGAUAAUCCGAAUGGAUUACGAAGAUCCAAACGUACAAGAAUCAAACCAUUGGCAUUUUGGAGAAAUGAACGAAUCAUAUAUUCCAAGGAUUUAGAUUAUGAUGAUGAGCAAGAUACUACGUUAGCAAGAGAUAUACAUAACAUUCCAUUACAACUGAUUAAAGAAGUGGUACAUAUACCCGACAAUGAAACAGUUGAUAAUUCAAGAUCUCCAAACUCUACCACAGGUGCUGCUGCUUCUGGUUCCACUAAAAGGAGACUGAAUCGGAAACGAACUUAUAAACAGAGCUCCGUUGUUGCCCCCACUGAUUACGAUUAUGAAUCUGAUCCUGAAAUAUCUGGUUCCGAAUGGUUUAAAGAAGAUAAUUUACUGUUGGAAGUUAAUGAUAAUGGGGAAUCAAGGGUACGUAAAAUUGCAUAUAAUCAUAAAGGUGGGAAUUAUGUAAAGCCAACUGAUGAUAAUUAUCUUGUGGCAUCAUUGUUUGAUGAAGAUAAAAGUUUUUUUGCUGGUGGGAUGUUACAAUUACCAGUUGACGGAUUUAAGCCACCAGUUACAGUGACUGGUAGUACAUAUAUGUUUAAUGUGAUGAAAGGAUUGAUUCAAGUCACAUUGAAUGAAAAUAUGUUUGUUGUUACUAAAGGUUGUAAAGUCCAAAUCCCUGAAGGUAAUGAAUAUUCUUUGAGGAAUAUUGGUCAAGGAGAUGCUUAUUUAUUCUUUGUUCAAAUUAGGAAACCAGAAGAAAUCGAUACGAAUUGGUAA